UCCUCCGUCGUAGAAAGCUCGACCAGACGACGCUGGCCGGAGCACAACGCUCCUGCUGCUGACUUUUCCACUUGCAUCGCGCAGUCUUCUGGCCGGACCGGACGCGGUCUUACCCUCAACCAGCAAACGCGGUGUUUCCCCGGGUGAUUCCUCUCGAAAAUUUGAGCAUCGAUCCACCCCCGUUCACAGCGGGUUCGAGUUGCCGAGCGUGCCCUCCCCAACACAGUGCUUUCUCAAGAUCGUUCGCUGGCAGAGAAGUAGUCGCGCGGUGUACAGGUGUGACAAGUAUACUUGGAGUGCGCCUCGAUGUGAGCACGGUGCUUUCAUGAGGGAUUAAGGAAUAAUCGACGGAGCCGAGAGACAGUAGCGCCAACAUGCGGGAGAAAAGGUGGCUUCUGCUCGCUCUGUAUGGAAUUCUGUUGACCAACGCAGUUUCAGCCGAACGAAAGCCUACCAGGCCGAAAUUCAAGAUCGCGACAACUUCCACGUCGACGACCACUAGCAGCACCACCGAAAAUAGCCACGUCCACGAGAAUGAAAACGAAGAUACAGAGACGAUCACGACGGUGGCUACCGAAACGAACGCGACGACUGGACACGUCCUCACAGGAAUCCCGCAGAUCGAUUACAUCUGGGACCCGAAUCUGCCUCGUGAACUGAACGGCUACAAUCUCAGCGAUUAUCCGUUUUACAACAGCAUACCGGAGGACAUCGACUUUAAAUGCGAUGGUCUUCACGAUGGCUUUUACGCAAGCGUGCCUCACAAAUGCCAGGUGUACCACCACUGCCUUUUCGGAACGAGAUACGACUUCCUGUGCGCGAAUUUCACGGCGUUCGAUCAAAAAACCUUCAUCUGUCACUUCGUCUCCGAAGUCGACUGCGCCAAUUCGAAGAAAUACUGGCACAGGAACGAUGCCCUUUACAAGGCCACUACAACGUCCACAACAUCGACGUCGACGACAACUACCGUGGCACCGGUAACAGCCGCCGCAGGACGUCAGCUACCGAGAGACAGGGAUCUUCCAAGAAGAAGAAGACCCUUCAGGAGACGGCCAGCCUACGAUUACUACGACGAAGAAUAUUACGACGACGAUUAUAGUCGUCCACGUGGCUACAGCAGAGACGACUACGACUACGACGACCGAAAGUACAGAAGAGACAGAGAUCGUGACUUCAGAGAUCGGGAUCGUGACUUCCGAGACAGAGAAGUUCCAAGGUCUCGGGAAGGAAUCCCCAGGGACGAGAGAGAUCGUGACGCGAGCACCAGGGAUCGGUAUCCGCCUAGAAGCAACAGAAGAGACCCUACUAGGGCGAGAGAUCCUCUCGAGGAAGAUACGAGAGUCAGAUCUAGAGAUCCCGAUCAAGGAUCAAGGUCCGCGUCUAGAGAACUCGACGACGCGGAAUUGGACGAUCGACGAACCGAGUCGAGGCUCAGAGACACCGACGAUCGUCGGUACUCCGAUAAAAGGUAUAGAGACGAUUACGACGACAAAGAAGCUGGUUCUCCGCCUUCAGGUGCAACUGGAAACUCGGAUGGCUUGGUAAAACCUGCAGCGCCUGCAACAUCGGUCUAUGCAAGACCGAGAACUCCUCCAAAAAUUCGAAGACCCGUGCCGCUUUCCGAACAGGACAGAUAUGCCUACAAAGCUACAGCUCAAUCAACCGAAGAACCUCGAAGAAGACCGGUGGACGUUGCAGACGAUGACUAUUACGAAGAUGAGUUAGAGGAUGUGAGGCCGGUUCGAAGACCGCUGAGAAGGAGACCAGCUUAUAGAGAAAGGGAUCGAGACUUCUAUGAUACCAUAGAAAGGGAUAGGGGCCGACCCUACAGAACUCGAUAUCGGGACGACGAAGACGACCUGCGAUCAAGAAAACACUCGGAUCGCUCGAGAGAUCGCUACUACGAUCGAGAAAGGGAUCGAGGUGUAGAACGUGGAAGGGAUCGAUCCCUCGAUCGUGGAAAGGAUCGUAACACGGAGAGACCACUGGAUCGUGAUCGAGGAAGAAUGCAAGACACGGACAAGCCAGAAAGACCACAUCGACCUCAAGAUAAAGAACGCGAGCCAGAUCGUUCUAGGACGGGUUCAAGAUCCAAGGAUUUACAAGAAACUACAGACUCGACCAGAAGAGGUAGUAGUUACGAUCGCACGGAAAGGACCACUACCACUACGACGACUACCACGUGUUUGCCCGAACAACUCGUUCACAAAGCAGAAUCAAUUUCGAAAGAAGCCGCAAACGAUAGACAAGCUUUUACCGAAAAACAAGCCAAAUCUGCGCAGAUUCAAACAACGCGAACGCCGAUCGAGGAUGGAGAAUCGUAUCGGACGAAUCAACAGUCGGAUUACCAAGAACGAGAUCAGGACGAAAAGCGUGAUCGUGGCCAUUAUCAUACCGCGUCGUUGGAGGAAUACUCGCAAGAUUAUUACGACGAACCGGAAGAUCCGCCCGCUCCACCACCGAGAACCACGGUUCGCAUUGUUAAACGACCCUUCUUACCAUCUAGAGGCGGGAACCCUAAUCCAAGAGGCUUGUCUCCGGUUGGUGUGAAAGCUACCACGUCUAAGAAGGAAGAGGAUAGACCGACUGAAAGGACAAACGUUCAGGAGAGAGGGAAAAAUUAUUACGUGCACGAGGCAACGCAGGACAAUCUCGGGGAAUCUAAUCAAGAGCCUAAAACGCAACAAGAGGAAAACGAAAAUCACGAUACGUACAGGAAUGUUCAAACCGAGAGUCAGCAUGGAUAUAAUGACGAAUACGAUACAUCUAUAGUGAGACCUGCGAUUAGAAGACCGACUGAGAGACAAAGGGAAGAAGAACAACAAAAAACUAUAAGCGAUGCGUUUGUUAGGAUAUCCAAGCAGGAACAAAGAGAAAAUGAACAGAACUUUGGAGAAGGACUAGCCAAAUGGCCCAGCGAGGAAUUUUCCAAUCAGCAGAGUAACGAAGGAAACGUGCAGGUCUCAGGUUCGUUCCGUAACAAAGGCCGAUUAACCGUGACGGAAAAUUCAAAGGUUUACGCGUCUACCUUUAAAAACGACGAAGCUGAAGAGCAGCCAACAGGGCCUCAGAGUUACAGAGUGAAACAAAGGCUGAACGAGGUGACGCAUCGUUUGCAGGAUAUCCCGGAAAGCGAGUACGACGUCACUUUGAACGACGCAUUAACGCCUACGCUGAAUCAGGAGGCAAACUUGCCCAGUGGAUUCGUUUUACCUCUUCACCGACAACUAGGAAGAGACGCGGUUCUACAAUCAUCCGAGAAUAAUUACAAAGUUUCCACAAAUCCUGUAAAUCAACAGCAACAGAAACCAUUCGUAUCUAAUUCUCAAUUUUUGCCAGCAGUUAACAACAACGACAGACUAAGAACCGUAUAUUACAGAACGCCCGAAACGAUUCAGAUCGGUGGAGCGCAAUAUAGGCCGCAAAGAGGAUCAUGGCACGAUUACACCGGCUACUGAAACAAAUACUAACGACGAAGAAAUCUUGACAGAAAGCUUUGGAACGUUAGGAAAUCGGUCGAUUCGGGCACGUUUCGUCGAUUGUACCACCAUCGAUCGAACGUUUCAAGGAACAAUCUUUUACAGAAGCUAACUUCCUUUCAGAAUAAAGGAAUUUAUUAGACCCUUGGUCGUGUGGUCAAACUUUUCGAUGUCUUUCAUAGGAGGGGAUAGGAAAGCGGAUGGUUUUCGUGUAUUAGAUCUUGAAAGUAGAGAACGAAUAUCCGAAUAAUCAAACUACUACACAGAGAGGCGAGCAAAUAUCGAGCACAGUUAAAACAAAUCAUCACGAAUCCAGAAAUUAAUGACCUUUUAUUCGACCGAAUGAUCGAAAAACUAUCACUGUCCAAAAUAGCUUUUAGCGUUAGUAUCGACGACGUUAAAUUCAUUUUUUCCUGUAGUACUUUUUCAAAAACUAUGUUUUAAAUAUUAGCUACUUAUUAACUAGCUUAACUUAUUAGCUGUUCAACUAUUUUUAUUUUAUUAACUGUCACAGUAUAAAUCUCCGAUCGAAGAUGUAAAUCGCAACGGUUUCUACUUUCGGCUAAACUUGUAAAUACGAUUAUUCACUUCGGGUUAAAUUAUUACUCCCAGUGCGAUGAUACGCGUGUAAACAGUUUUCUACGAAAGCACAUUCGUCGUCUCGAUUUUCUUUUCGACAAUAGUAACAAGUAAGUUUUCUCGAGUAUGCAUUUUAUCUUUAAUGUAAUGUAAAUUAUACCAGUCUUGACGUACGAUAUUAAAGAGUGACAAAACGUAUAAAUCUAAUUCAUAUCCCAACAUGAACUUUAUUGCGGACUGAAUUUUCUCUUCUUUCUUCAACGUCUGCACUCUUUUCUUCUUUCUUCCUUCUUCUAGUAGACGUUUGCUAUAAAAAUAUCGAGAUUGAUUAACCUCGAACACUGCAUAUAACGACGCGACUAUUAAAAUUAAUUAUUAAAUCGACCGACAGUGUGCAUAUAUAAAUGUGACUAUUUUACAUUAAAUGUAUUUCUUACUAAUUUUUAAAAAAUUUCCAAAUGUAUAUGCAGUAAACGAAGGUUGAUCUCGUAGCCAUUAGCUCGAUAUUACGUACAUGCAGGUAUUAUAUCGUAAAUAAUAUCGAUUGCCCAGGUCUCACCGCGGGGAGGUUGCUACGAAUGGAAACCCACAAAAAUAAGAUCAUCUUCAAUCUUAAAAAGAUCAAAAUUCUAUUCAUUGUCGCAUAACUUAUGUAAAGAUUAAAUUAUUACGAGAAUGAAUAACGAUACGUAUUAACUAAACAGAUUGAUUAAGAGGAACGUAAAAUAAUCAAUGGUACAGCGUUUGAGUGUUAUUUUCUUUAUUUUCUAUUUUAUAUUUAUCGAUGUUGAAUAUUUACAAAUCUUUCAUUAUGGUCAUUGAUGACUUAAUUCCGAUGACACGUUUCGUAUGCAUUUAUUAGAGAUAGACAAAUUCAGUGCUUUUUGUUAGAUUUCUCUUAAUUUUUAGACGCGCAGUUUUAGACUUUUUUUGGUCAUAAAAUUUACUAUGAGAAAACAAUGUCUCAUUGUCAGAAAAACUAUCAAAUUUCUUGUUAAUAUUUUGCACUUAAAGCAGUUAUACGAUAUGUACGUACAAUGUCAAGGAACUCGAAAAUACAGUAUGUUCCUACAAUCGAGCUAAUAUUACUCUUAACAAAUUGUGCCACGAGAACGUUAAUUAAUCGAUAAUAAAUGUUUCGUCAAGGAUAACGUAAAAUACAUCACAGAGUAUAAUUUACAACUCAACAGAGCCACGUACACACAAACCGAGUCAUCCCUGUAAGUACGAAAGGAUGAGUAACAUUCUCUGUUCCAUCUCGCUUGAUUCGAUUUCCAACUACUACAACAAAUUGUAAUGCAAGAUUAUCGAUGUUUUGCGUAAACGUGGCUAUUAUGAAAAACGGUAACAAUAAUUACAGUCAGUCGAAUUGUCAAACUGCAUCGCCGAAGUGCAAUCCUAAUAGACGUGUCGUUAACAAGUGAAAUGAGCGGUAACGUUCAUCGUAUCUAUGAUCGUAUCGCAAACUACGAGAGAAUUUCCGGCGAUACGUAACUAAAAACAAUAAUUCGCUAAUACCUGUCGCACCGUUUCAAUUUGUACUCG